AUGGAACAGCGCUCCAACGUCUUGCAGCUAAAGUACAACGAGUACAAGCAAACUAUGGAAGAUCUACAAUCCAAGAUCAUUGAGCUUGGGAAUGAUAAAGACGAACACAAGGUUGUCUUGUCAACGCUCAAAUCAGCAGAUUCUGGUCGGAAGUGUUACAGAAUGAUCGGCGGCGCUUUGGUAGAAACCGAUGUAAAAUCCACACUUCCUGUUCUCGAGACUAAAGAAAACAAUCUAGCCAAUACAAUAUCCUCAAUGAAAGUUGACUUGAUAAAAACAGCAGAAGAAUUCGAGAAGUGGAAGAAGGAUAACAAAAUUCAAGUUGUUAGACAAUGA